CCGCCUAUUUUCUCUUGGAAGCCAAAUUUAACCCUUUUUGGUAGAGCGAUGGCUGAUUUUUCUUGCAACCAAUAUCGGAAGUUAUUUAUCGGCGGAAUUACUCCGAACACAACCGAUGAGGUGUUGAAAGAAUACUACUCUCAGUACGGAGAAGUAAAGGAUGUAGUGGUCAUGAAGGAUCCGAACACGAAGCGUUCAAGAGGAUUCGGAUUCGUCACAUUCGCUGAUGCAGACCAGUUGGAUGCUGCAAUGGCAGCGCGACCGCACGUUGUCGACGGCAAGGAAGUCGAAGCCAAGAGGGCUAUGCCUCAUAAAAAUAAAACUAAACCACUGAUUACAAAAAAUACAUGCAAAGUGUACGUGAGUGGUAUCAAGGAAGAUCACACCGAAGAUAUGUUGCGUGACUAUUUUACUCAGUUCGGUAAUAUCAGUGAAGUAGAAAUCAAAGUUGAUCAACAGACUGGUAAAAAGCGAGGUUUUGCCUUUGUUACGUUUGAUGACUAUGACCCGGUGGACCGCGUUGUUCUGGCCAGAUCUCAUAUCAUAAAUGGAAAACGAUGCGAUGUGAAGAAGGCUUUAAGCAAAGAGGAAAUGAGAAAAGUUCAACAGCUAGAACUUGAAAGACAGCAGAGAGAAACGAGAUCACGCGGCUAUGGCCGCGAAGGCGGUGGUUACGGUGGCGGAGGGUAUGAUUAUUCCAGAGGUUAUGGCGGUGGUGCCGUCUCCAAUGGCUAUGGCGGUGGUUAUGGAGCCGGAGGUGGUGGUGGUUAUGGCGGCGGCAGUGGCGGAGGUUCUGCUAGUUACGGUCGGUCUGGUUACGGAGGUGGAAAUUCUUAUCAAGACUAUGGCAGUCCUGGAAGAAGUAUUAGAAUAAUGUUUAUUACGACGUUGUCUUAA